CCAAAAUCUUGGAAAGUCCAUCGGUCCGCCGCCGCCGCCGCAACCAAGCAUGCCGACCCUCAUCUAAAUCACAUCAAAUCUCUUCUCGUCUUCUCCCAUCGAGAUUUUAAUUGAUUCACAAUGCUUGGUAAGCUCUAAGGGAGAGAAGUACCUGCCAUAAGUAAAGGUCCAAUCAUGGUACGCCAUGAAAAACAGUAUAACAGUAUGGGCAUGGUAGAUAAUAAGCAAAAAUUCAAGGUAAAAGAAGAGGAAGCUGAAAAUAUAAAAAUGGAAGAGAAAAUGAAGAAACAUAAAGUUGAAAGUGACAAGAAAGCAGAGGAGAAGCAAAAUUCCUUGAAGAGGAAGAUGACUAAGUACAAGGAGGAGAAAGAGAAGAAAACAAGAGGUGUUGAUAAGAAGGAUGAUGAGGAGAAGGAGAGGGAGGAUCGUAGGAAAAGAAAGGAAAAUGAGAACAAGGCGAAGUCGCAUAAGGAAAGAAAGGAUGAGAAUGAGAAUGGGAAAGAAGAGCAGAAGCAGCGAGAAAUUGAGAAAGAGAAAGAGGAGAAACAAAAGGAGAUAAAUGUGCAGAAGGGAAGGAAGGAGAAUGAUAAAGAGGAAAAGGAUCCGAAGGAAAGGGAAGAGAAGGACCAAAAUGGCAAAAAAAGUUGCCCUCAAUUCUUUAGGGUGUUCAUGUCUGAUUCAUUUAUGGAGCACGUGACAAUUCCACUAGGAUUCCACAAAUACUUGGAAGAGUGUACAGGAAUGGUUUCCCUGAGAGGUCCAAGCGGGAAUAAAUGGUCCGUAGAGCUGACUAAAAUAUCAGGGGAGCUAUGCUUUGCGCGUGGAUGGAAGGAGUUCCUCUAUGACCAUCGCGUCCGGUAUGGCUACCUGCUGGUAUUCCGUUACGACGGACAGUCACAGUUCUCAGUGACGGUUUUCUUGCCAUCCUCCUGCGAGGCGCCGUACGCGUCUCUCGCCCAGCCGCAGCACAAGGACGUCGACGUGGCCGGAGAGGAAGAGAAAGGGCUUACGAUCACCAAUGCAGAUGGUAAUGGUAUUACCCCGCAAGAAGAUGACGCUCACACUGACACUGACACCAGUGCAGAUGGUACACCACAAAAUGAAGCUUCAGAAGAAGAAGAUGCUUCAGAAGAAGAAGAGGAAGAGGAGGAGGUAGACUCAUUAUCAGAAUCUCCAGAGAUUGAGGAAAACAGUGAAUGUCGCAUGUGCAGCGUUGAUGCGCUAGAACCAGCGCGGCAACAGCAGGAAGAUGGGCACAAGACGGACGAUGGUUUUGUGCUCGGGAAGAGGGCUAGGUUCAGGAAGAUUGAUGAUAUCAUGGCAGAACUGGACCGAUCCAACAAGUCCAAGCCCUCAGAGGGGAAAAACUCUCAAGCUCCAGUUGGAGAUUCAUCUUUUGAGGAAGCAACAUCAAGUGACAGUUUGGCAGAAGAAUCGGAGCAUCAUCCACCCAAGAAGUCCAAGGCUGAGGAGAUAAGGUCUCCAUCUGGUGAUUCAUCUUCUAAGGCAGCAGCAUCAAGUGACAAUCUGUCAGAGUUAGCCACCAAGGAGUCCAAGGCUGAGGGGAAAAGCUCUGCUGCUCCUUUAAUUGUCUAUACCAGGUCUGCUGCUUCAGCAUCUAAAAAAGCUUCUGAAGGAGCAGCAUCAAGUGACAAUUUGGCAGUUCAUACAGGUGUAUUCGCGCCAGAAUCCGUGUGCAGGGAUUUAACCACGUGGCACAAAACUUUUGGUAAAAGGCAUAGUAAGCAGAAUCAAUUUCCGAUGUUCAACAAGAGCAAUGGUGAAAACCAACGUGGCAGAGCUCUCAUCAAGGUGAUGAGAAGGCCGGGAUUAACGUCGCAGAGGCGUCCAGUAACUCAAAGGGACAAGGAAUAUGCCAUGGAGAGGGCGCUGUGGUUCAAAUCCGAGAGGCCCUUCACCGUCAAGACAAUGAAGCACAAUGAUGUCUAUGCCUCCUACUUCAUGAUCAUCCCGGCCAAGUUCGUGAAAACAUUCCUCCCCAAAGAGAGCAUGAAGAUGACGCUGUGGGACCCGCAGGCAAAGCCGUGGAAGGUGUGGUACGAGUACUACGGCGGCGGCGAGUGCCCCCGCGCAGCGUUCAGCGCCGGGUGGGGCGCGCUCGCCAUGGAGAACAACUUGGAGAAGUGGGACGUGUGCGUGUUCGAGCUCCUGGACCAGGAAUACAACAUCAAGCUGCACGUCUACAGGGCCGUGCUGAUGAUCACCCCCUGCGUCCGCGCACCAAAACCUCGCACAGACGAGUGGUAAUUCGCCCCAAAACGUUUUCAUCUGGUCACUGUCGUUGAUGAUGGACCUCACCUCACACAGACCCGUUCGAUCCUGUCGUUGUUAAAACGUAACAUUAAGAAUUAUGUGUUUGUUUCUGUGGCUAAUUACCGGAUUAAGGAAAAGGUAAGCAUGUAUACUUUCCUUUCUUC